AGUAAGGAAGCCUGGUAUAUACCUAAGUAUGCGGAACUAGAAGUAGCAUACCCAUUUUCUCUAAUUAGCCGGAGGAAUAUUACUGGAGCGAGGCUUGGACUGUAACCGUGGAAUCCGGGGUUCGUACCACCGCCUGCAGGACCACAACCUCGUUACCCUCCUUCCGGCGCUUCCUAUUUCGUGUUCGGCAUCCCAUCGCUCCAUCUACUCUACGCUAGCAGCGGGCCCGCCAGCUGCACACAAUGCAUGAUACCGUGUGUUCGGAUAGCUACCUGUCCUAAUCACACAGAUGCAGCGUGACGCUUGCCAGCCUUACCUUUCUUGGCUCUCAAGGCCUUGGAUGCUGGAGUCGCGGGCCGUGUAACUCCAAAUCCGUGCGGGUCUCGGCGAUUUCAAUGGUGGAAGAAUCGCCACGGACGAGGACGUCACUUGGACCUCAAUGAGAUCGAAACACGGCACGGCGGAACUGGUCAUCAUGGAGGUGAAUAGAAAAGCUUCGACAGCCGCCUGUCUUCCUGCGUAACUAUACCAUUUGGAACUGUGCGAUUAGCUCAUUUGCUUCGAAAACUGGAUUGUUCUCAACGACAAACAAGACACGACGAAUCAAUAAGUCAACAUGAAGAACUUCGUACACCUCGCCGCCCUCCUGGCACUCACAGUCGACUCUGUCUCAGCCCACUACAUCUUCCAGCAGCUCACUGCGGGCUCUACAAAGUUCGAUGUCUUCCAAUACAUCCGAAAAAACAGCAACUACAACUCCCCCGUCACAGAUCUGGCUUCAAACGACCUUCGAUGCAAUGUAGGCGCUUCGGGUGCUAGCACUGAGACCAUCGAAAUGCAAGCCGGUGAAUCUUUCAGCUUCACCCUAGACACGGCUGUCUACCAUCAAGGACCCAUCUCCAUUUACAUGUCCAAGGCCCCCAGCGCCGCUGCCAAUUACGACGGUUCCGGAGAGUGGUUCAAAAUAAAAGAUUUCGGCCCUACAUUCAAUGGCGGAAGUGCCAGCUGGCCGCUACAGCAAACAUACUCUUACACGAUCCCUAAGUGUAUCGAAAAUGGCGAAUAUUUGCUACGCAUCCAGUCGCUCGCUAUCCACAACCCUUGGCCCGCUGGAAUCCCUCAGUUCUAUAUCUCUUGUGCCCAGGUUAAGGUGACAGGAGGUUCCGGUACUGCCAACCCGACUCAUGCUUUGAUUCCUGGAGCAUUCAAGGAGUCCGAUCCCGGUUACACCGCCAACAUCUACAGCAACUUCAACAGCUACACAGUCCCCGGGCCUGCUCCUUUGACCUGUUAAAUGAACACGCAACCAAUUUAAAUAGGUGGUAGCCAUGAGAUAUAUAGCGAGUAUUCGUCUGAUCAACUUGGAUUCGACGACCUGUCGUCUGCAGGUCGUUUUGAUUCGGCACGAAGGUCAUCUCGCGAGGGCGAUCCCGAGUUCUGGGCAGCGCUGGAGGAAAAAUAAGAAUGAGUAACGGCAGCUAGAUAGCAGCUGAUCCAGCCUUCAAUUUGUAUAUAUUGUGAGAGUAGACUCAGUACGUUGCUGCUAUCAACAUUCGCUAUAGAUAUUUUCAACAUCAGUACGAUUAAUUUCUUCAUU